AUGUUUGAGUUUAAAGAAGAUUCAAUAAUUAAAGAUAUUGAUUUUACUACGAAAGUAGGAUUAAAUAAGACAUUAGAAUCUUUUGAAUUUAACAUAAUAAAGAAAGAAGAUAAUUACUUAGAAUUUGAUAUUAAGAAUUGCCACACAUCAGUAGUAAACACACUUAGAAGAAUUAUUUUAACUGAAAUCCCAACAAUCGCAUUUCACUUAGUAACAAUUACUGAGAAUAACACCAUCUUUACCGAUGAAUAUCUUGCACAUAGAAUUGGAUUGAUACCAAUUAGAAAGUUAAGUGAUGAAGUAGAAAUUAGUAAUUUAAAGUAUAAUUUAAAAUGUUUUAAUGAUACAAAUAAAAACAUGAAUGUUUAUAGUAACAGUAUUUAUGGUGAUGAUAGAAUUGAGAUAAAAAGGAAUGUUUUAAUAGCUAAAUUAGCACCAGGUAAUAGUAUUAAUAUGACAAUUCAACUUGCAACAGGUAUAGGUAAAGAUCAUGCUAAAUGGUCACCUGUUAGUAUGUGCACAUUUAGAUUGAUGCCUAAAAUAGAAAUAUUUAAAGAAUUUAGAGAUGAAGAUGCUAUUGAAUUACAGAAGUUAUUCAGUCCAGGUGUUAUAGGAAUUAAAAAUAGUAUUGCUUAUGUAGAAAAUCCCAGACUAGAAAUGAUGAGUAGAGAAUUUCUUAGAUAUGAAAAAUUUUCUAAACAUAUCAAAUUAUCAAGAGAAAAUCUCUGGUACACUUUUACAAUUGAAACAAUUAAUGAAGAUCCAUUAAUUUUAUUAAAUAAAUCAUUAGAAAUUUUUAAAGAGAAAGCAAAUAAUUUGAAAGAAAGAUUAAAUGAAGAAUUAAUUUAA